GUUGCUGGCUUACUGCUGCGGAAAAGCAUUUUUGUGUGUCGCGAAAGAAAUUUUUAUUUUAUACCCUGUUUUAUCUCGCAUUUAAGCGUAAACUAUCAGCGAACAUAAGCCGCAACAACGCUGGACAUCGUAGAAUCUGGAAAUCAGUUAUCUCCAUCCACGGAUUUCAUUAAGUGGAUUUUUGGACGAAAUUUGGUUUGGGACACAAAGCGCAAGAGGAAAGGUACAAUAGAAAGUGCAUAAAAUGUCCUCCCCGAUCAGUUCUGCAUCCGAAUACAACAGUGCACUGGACGAUACCAUCAACUCGUCUCUCAGUCCGGAAAAGCUAGAUUUCUCUCUGACGGAAUCAGACAUCGAAAACGUGAACAUUUCACAGGAGUGGAACGAACUGUUGAAGCCGACCCAGCAGCGAAAGAGUCAGGAUCCUCGUGAGUCUUCCCGAUUAUUGCUGGACAGUUUGAAGAACAACAACCUAAACAACACGAGCAGCACUCCACAACAACACAAGAGUCCUUCCAAAUCGCUGAACAAUGAAACUCUAGAUAGCACUCUCAGCACGAUUAGUUUGGAUAUGAGUAUGGUAGGAUCCGCGGACGGAAGCUCUACGCUUUCCUUCAUGUCCAGUUCUGAUGAGGCUUCGGCAUUGCUGAGCGAUGAGGAGGUGAGUGUUGCUGCUGGAGCGACUUCUUCGAGCGUCACAGCUCCAAAGCCUUCGCUGGCUAGUGGCACCGGGGGUGGCGACGAUAGUAUUACGACCAAGGAUUCCAAGGACACAACGCACAAUGUUUCUCUGCUGCCGGUAGAUGACGACCAGCAGACGGAACCAGGGCACAGUCAAAGUCAGAAGGACACAAUCAAAAUCUACAGCACCAUGAAGGAAUUCGAUCAAAAUCUUCCAGAUACGGUCACAUUGUUGACCACCCCUGAGGGUAGCAAGGUCUACCUUGUUGGAACGGCUCACUUCAGUGAAAAUUCCUGCAACGAUGUCUCCCUGGUAAUGCGAAACGUCCAGCCAAACGUAGUCAUGCUUGAGCUGUGCCCCUCCCGGGUGCACAUUCUCAAGUACGACGAAAAAGCACUUCUCGAAGAAGCGAAGGACAUCAAUCUGGCCAAAAUUCAAAGCAUCGUCAAGUCGAACGGAACCGUCAAUGGACUGUUUUACAUUCUUCUGCUCAAUAUGAGCGCCAAAAUCACGAAGAAACUCGGAAUGGCUCCGGGAGGCGAAUUCCGCCGUGCCGUGAACGAGGCUUCACGCAUUCCAAACUGCUUGAUCCAACUGGGUGAUCGACAGAUCAACAUUACCCUGCAGCGAGCCCUGCGAGGGCUGUCGCUAUGGCAAACGGUGAAGCUGAUCCCAAAGCUGCUGAUCAUGGACGAUGACAUCAGCGCCGAAGAGGUGGAACAAUGCAAACAGAAAGACCUUCUGGAGGAAAUCAUGCUGGAGAUGGCGGGAGAAUUUCCCGCCUUCGGCAGGGUGUUCGUCCAGGAACGUGAUCUCUACCUUUGUCAUUCGCUUCAGGUGGCCGCGUUGCCUCAGCAGCAUCCGGAUGGAAGCAUCCGACCGGUCAACGUGGUUGGAGUCGUAGGAAUCGGUCACGCUGCCGGAAUUGUAAGACACUGGGGCAAGGUCGAAAGUUCUGCCAUUGCUUCCAUCGUGACCAUUCCGCCGGCCAGUUUCAGCCAUAAGGCCGCUAAAUUUGUGCUAAAGUACGGUACACUGGGACUGUGCGCUUACGGUGUGUUCCGGUUCGUACGACCAAGGUUGAGCAAGUGGUUAUGAUCGGUGGUUUACUGCUUGGUGCUCGAGGAUUUUUGAGAAGUUUUCAGUUUGUGAGGUUUAUUUUUUUUAAGAUUUUGACCGAACCACUACACUACAUUGAUUAAAAAUUGAAAGUAUUUCCUGAUACUGCAGCACGUCUCUUCCGAACUUCGACUGUACACAGUGAUAGGUACACAAUUACUAUAGGAUUACAUCGUUGGAAUUGUUCCGUUCAUAUAACAAAGAAGAAUGCAAAUCAAAAUCAUCAUAUGUUUUGAAAUAACAUUAUUUAUCGGGUAACAAA